CCAGGAGGCUCCGAGGAUUACUGCCAUGCAGCAGACCGAGCCUCAAGUUUACCGAGUUGGCGACAGGGGAUAUCGGGGUUAUUCAAACUUAAACAACACUGGUAAGGGAGGACUAAACUGCUAAGUGAAAAUAUGAAUUCACUUUCCCCGUGGUGCCAAUUACGCACAGAGUUGCGCUGAGCAAGUGGCACAUUCCACAACAAAAAUACACCACAGAGGUCGUCUAGUUUGAAGACUCUCACCAAUGACUGUCACCUACACGGCCAGAGUUGCAAACGCCAGAUUUUGUGGCUUCUCCAAGCUGCUUUUGGCCUGGAAAGGCAGCAUCUACAAGGUGCUGUAUAAGGAAUUCCUGGCCUUCUUUGCCAUGUAUACCGCCAUCAGCAUCACUUACAGGUUUUUCCUCUAUGACGAGAAGAAGAGAUAUUUUGAAAAGCUAGCAGUGUAUUGCAACCACUAUGCCAGUCUCAUCCCUAUGUCCUUUGUACUGGGUUUCUAUGUGACCCUGGUGGUGAACCGAUGGUGGAACCAGUACACCAGUAUCCCACUCCCAGACAGGCUCAUGUGCGUCCUCUCUGGGGGACUCCAGGGGAAUGACGAGCGAGGCCGUCUGCUGAGGCGCACCAUGAUGCGCUACGCCAGCCUGUCAGCCCUGCUCAUCCUCCGCUCUGUCAGCACCGCUGUUUUCAAACGUUUCCCCACCAUAGACCAUGUGGUGGAGGCUGGGUUCAUGACCAGAGAAGAACGGAAGAAGUUUGAGGGCCUCCACUCUCCUUAUAACAAAUACUGGAUCCCCUGCGUCUGGUUCACCAACCUGGCGGCUGUGGCGCGCUGUGAGGGCAGGAUCAAAGACGAUCACACACUCAAACUACUGCUGGAGGAGCUGAAUGAGUUUAGAGGGAAGUGCAGCAUGUUGUUUCAUUACGACAUGAUCAGUGUUCCCCUGGUAUACACUCAGGUGGUGACUUUGGCAGUGUACAGUUUUUUCCUGGUGUGUCUAAUUGGUCGUCAGUUCCUGGAUCCCAGUCAAGGAUACCCAGGCCAUGACCUCGACCUCUACGUGCCUAUCUUCACCCUGCUGCAGUUCUUCUUUUAUGCUGGGUGGCUCAAGGUGGCAGAGCAGCUGAUCAACCCUUUUGGAGAAGAUGAUGAUGAUUUUGAGACCAACUGGCUGAUAGACAGAAACUUCCAGGUGUCCAUGAUGGCGGUGGAUGAGAUGUUUGGAGAUCUGCCAGUGAUGGAGAGAGAUCGCUACUGGAAUGACUCCAACCCCCGACCACCCUACACCGCCGCCACUCUCUUUGUCCUCCGCAAACCCUCCUUUCAGGGGUCCACCUUCGACAUGGCGAUUCCUAAAGAGGAGAUGCACUUCCAGCCUCUGGAAGACAUUGAUGAGAACCUGGAGGAGACAGGCAGCCAUCAUCCUAACACUGCACUCUUCAACCACCUCCUCAGUGCAGCCCCCUCCCCGACUGGCUUCAUGGGAGGUGCUCUUCGCUGCACCUCUACCCAGCUCCAGAGGCCACACCACUCCCCCAGCACUCAGCGGUGCACCAACAAUGAUGAAGACAAUGAUGAAAGUUGUAAAAUAGGGGGGUCUCUGCCAUCAGGGCUGGGGCAGGAAACCCAGAGCACUGUGUGUAGUUUUGAGGAGGAGAAGAGCACCAGAACACCUCUGCUGGAAACUGAGUUUUUGACAGAGAAUGAGAGGCAAGGACGGCACUCUGCUGUCAAUGAGAAGAAUGGAGUGAGUGUAGUGGAGGGAAAAAGCAAUGAAGAGUGGUGGAUCAGACAGGAAGGAAGGAAAGCAAACUGUCCAAAGGGGGAGACCCAAGUUCCUGUGUCACUGCUUCCUCCUCCUCCCAAGUCCUCAAGAGGGAAAUCUACUCAACCAGCCUCCGCCAUUCCCAUCACCUCCUUUCACCCAGCUGCCCACUGCAGCUCCCAGCCAACCAUUCCAAGACCUCGUGUUGUAGGAAACAAAAUGUCCUUCCUCACUGUGCCAUCUUACGAACCUCAGCGUUUUCGCAGCGUGAGCAUGGGCUCAGAGUUUACUAGCUUUUAUGUGGACAAUGGACUGUGAACUAUUGACUGUAAUGUGUGAUUCAAUGUACAUUUUCACAAGUGAAAUUAGUCAUACACAGAGAACUGUGCUUCCACUUUUACUUCAACCUCUCUGGGGCAAUGCCAGGACCAGCUUUAGGAAAUUGGACUGUUAAAGAUACACUCCCUUAUUUUGUUAUAGAAGCCAACAGCUCUCCAUGUUUCUAAAAGUGCAAAAUUGAAAUCAAUUAUUCCAGAAAAUCAAGGUGUGUCCAAAGAAAACUUCAGGUUCUUCCAUUAUCUGCAUAUCAUAUGCUACUGUAGAAUGUUACUACUAGGGCUUGCAAUACUAUUUUGGCAUUAGCUGAAGAAAAAGUGCAUAAAAGAAGACAAAAUGGAUAACAUUUUUUGUUCAUUUUAUUCACCCUGAUUGUUAAAAAUCCUGUAAAAAGAAUUUCUAAUUUGUUUUUGUGUAUAUUCAAACAAACACAAUAAAACUAAUGAUGUAA